GCCUCGGUAAUGGCAAGUGACAGAGGGUGAGGAAGACGAGGCGAAACUUUUUUUAAGCUUGUAGCUGCUGUAGGAUUUUUUAUGCUUGAUAACAUCAGUGUAAAAUUGUAUUACUUUGACAGUUAUUCGGCGUUGUUGCCAUUUGAGUGUAAAUCAACCGUUGUUUGCGUGAGGCUGCUGUUAUUAACGGUUGUCUGACGGUCUCCAAGUACCAGAAGUUUGUUCGACUUCGAGUAAAUACGUAGAGACAUCGAAGAACAGCAGCUAUGACGAACAGAGAAGAUGAAUAUGACUAUCUUUUUAAAGUGGUGCUGAUAGGGGAUUCUGGUGUAGGGAAGAGUAACCUGCUGUCUCGCUUCACUCGGAAUGAGUUCAACCUGGAGAGCAAGAGCACUAUUGGAGUGGAGUUUGCUACUCGCAGCAUCCAAGUAGAAGGCAAAACUGUCAAGGCUCAGAUCUGGGACACAGCAGGACAGGAGCGGUACAGAGCUAUCACUUCUGCGUACUAUCGUGGAGCAGUUGGAGCUCUCUUGGUUUACGACAUUGCUAAGCACCUGACGUAUGAAAACGCUGAGCGCUGGCUGAAGGAGCUACAGGACCACGCUGACAGCAACAUAGUCAUUAUGUUGGUGGGCAACAAAUGUGAUCUACGCCACCUCAGAGCAGUGCCGACAGAUGAGGCCAGAGCCUUUGCAGAAAAGCAUGGCUUGUCUUUCCUGGAGACGUCAGCGUUAGACUCUUGUAAUGUGGAGCUGGCUUUCCAAACUAUUCUUACAGCCAUCUACAACAUCGUGUCACAGAGGCAGAUGUCAGGGAGAAACGACUCAGACUUCUCACCAGCCUCCAACGUAGUGCCGAUCACAGUUGAGCCAACCCAAAACUCAGCCAGUAAGGGUGUCUGCUGCCAGAACAACUGAGGCCUUACCACUGACCUCCUCCUUCACCUCCAGGCUAUAUUGGAGAAACAGCCAGCUAGACAAACAGAGACAGGCAGAUGGACAGGGGAAAUGGGCAGACAGGUAGAGAGAAUCAUUUUACACAAGGAUACUUGAACUGAGAAUGCUUUGUCUGUUGUCUAGUUAAGAAAAGUUGAUUCAGUUUAAAAGAUGGGACCAGGGAAGGAGAGAUAGUAAGGACAGGCAAGGAGGGUUGUGGUGAGGUUAGAUGCCUGUACCCUUGGCAUUCAGCUUUGAAAGAAGUGCUGAACUGAUUCACAAUCUAAUGACAAAUUUAACCCAAUAUUAGGUCCCUUUUGUAUGUCAUCACGAUUUCUGUCUUUGCAAACUGCCUCCCUUUCAAAGCUGCACUUUAUAAGCCAGUAAAUGCUUUCUUUCAGUUUUUUACUACCAGGAUAUUGGGCAAUAAAAAAUCCACAUCUAAAAGACUGAACUGCAACCCCUCCAUCCCCACUGUCAUUCCCAUUUUCCACUAAUGUAUGAUAUUAAGAAAAUAAUGUCCCUAACAAUAUUUAUUGAACACUAGAUCCAGGUGUUGUUUUGCAAAAGGUGUUGCAGUUAAACUGUAGUUGGUUUAGAUUUUCCACACUGAUUGCUUCUCUCUAAAGGGAGCCUUUUCUUGCUUUUCAAUGUUUUCGUCUACCACGGUGUCUGAAGAAGCUUAUAAGGACAGCAACUCUUCCCUGAUAGAGGGGCAAAAGGGCUUAAAGUCAUUUUUCCUAAAUGUGCAUGGUGGAAUUUGGUCAGUGUUGGUUGGUUCAUGUUGCGUUCCACCAGACCACUCAGAGCAAUAACAUCCCUCUCUAACAGUGACAUGUAAUUUCUUUUUGAUUGCUUUUGAUCUUUGUUUGGAAGGCUUCCCUGCUCUCUGCACACUUUGUUCUUUUCAGAUGAGUCAUGCUCUUGCAGGCUUUGCACAGCAUUAACUCCAAACUCCAACUUUUAUAACAGAUAGCUGCAUCACUAGCUGAUGGGUUAACUGCCUGGCAUGCUGGUGGGAUAAAGGUUUUGGCUCUGCUGAUGACUCUUUAGUAGACCCUGUGCCUUACCUUUGGGUGAAGUGGGGACGUAAAGGAAUUGUUUUAAAUACAUGGACCACCCUUUGCUGCUGCUGCCUGCUAGCUGGGAUAGAUGGACGGAUGGAUAAUGUUUCAGAGGAUGAGGUAGUGAGGGCACUCAGCCUGCCCUGCUCCUGUGGUCUCUGAUGUACCCGAGAUGGCUUGUUUUACUGUAAGUGAAAUCCUCCACUGCUGCCUGCUCACCUACUCCUUUCUGUCUCUCUCUACGCUGUAUGUAACUGGAACAGGACUCUGCCUUCUGGGAUCUCCCUAAGGUCUGCCCUCGCUCUCACUUGUCUUUAUUUCCUGUGGAGAGGGCGGGGGUUGGUUUAAGGAGCCAGGAUUGGGGUUGUUAGUAUCUAAUAGUUUAAUAGAUGAGGAAAAGGAGACGUAUGGUAGUGCUUGAUUAAAUCCAAAGGUUAUGCACACAGAUGGUGUUUAUCCUGCUGUGUUUCCACAUCAACACUGACUUCUGUCAACUUCACAGGUCUUAAAAUGGGUGGUGUAGGUUAGGGCUUUUUAACAUUUAUUCUAAUAUAUGUAUAUUUGGACUGCAUAUGUAUAAAAUAAAUCACAUUUGUUAUA